AUGUCCGCGAUGCAGCUGCUGAUUGUCGCCCUGGCGGCGUGCCUGUCGGUGGCGGCGGCAAAGUCCAAGGAGGAGUUCCCGCUUGUGUGGGUGUGCCUCGGCAUCACGGUGGUUGGCGUGAUUGCGGCACUGUACGUUGCGUACAAGCGCCCCGAUGAACUGCACCUGCCGGGGUCCGUGGUGAUGACGGUGGUGGAGAGCGACCCUGGAAACGGCAAGAGCACCUUGGAGAACAUCUAA